AUGGGUAGCCAGCCGCACUCUCCGCUGGGGACUGGCCCGAUGGACCUCUCGAUUCCCCGGCCGAGUCUCCGUCGUGACUCCCUGAGAAGCAGUAUGAGCGUGGUGUCCGACGUCGAGAUGGCCCGGAAUGAAGUUUUCGACGGUCCUAUCUCAGAAAGCAUUCCUUCAAGCGUCGUCUCCUUCUCUCAUCGUCGCAAUCGAGCCGGGUCCACCGUCAGUUUCACCUAUUUUCAAGAUGAGGAAGACUUUGAGGAAUGGUCCAACGAAGAUGCGGUGGAUGUGGAUAGCGAUAUCGACGAUGCGUCGGUAACUGAACUCGACGAACCUGAUAUUGAAUCCGCCCGAGCGUCCUUCGUAUCCAAAAGAAUGUCACACUCGAGAGAUUCUACUGAGCGCCCUCUUCUUUCUCGAAUUAUCUCCUCGAGCUCCUAUGGCCGCGAUCGAAGGCCUGGUAGUAGACUCAACCAAAAAGUAUACAUUGCAUCGGAAGAUUUGACGGCAGUCUUCGCGGGCUUCUCAACCAGCCGGGGUGGAUUUGCUCUUUAUCUGGCUUUAUGCGUCCUGACUGGCGGCUUCGCAUACCUUCUCUUUCGCUGGCUCCCUCGAUGGCGAGUGAAAUUUAUUGGGAAGGCGGCUCCGCUCGGAAAAUGUGAAUGGAUUGCGAUUGAGGAUCAAUGGAAUCAUUUCACUGUCCACAAAGUUGGCAGCCAACCAUACGAACGCCAGCUUUCUACAGUCUUUGUCGAUGCCCCAGGGCACACAUACGAUGAAGAUCGCGACCCAACCAUUGUGUCUCUGCGGUUCCUUGACUACCGAUACCUACGGUUUUGCUACCACCCCGUUGAAGAUAAAUUCGCCAUGAUUAACGGCUGGAAGGAUCCUUCCUGGGCCAAUGCGAAGGCCAUGCGGGCCGGACUUGAUGCUGACGAGCGCGACAGUAGAGAACAACUCUUUGGCCAGAACGUUAUUGACAUCCAGCAGAAGACUGUCCCCCAGUUGCUGGUUGAUGAGGCCUUUCAUCCCUUCUACAUCUUCCAAGUGGCAAGUCUCGUCCUAUGGUCCAUGGAUGAAUAUUACUACUAUGCGGUUUGUAUUUUCCUGAUCUCCGCAUUUAGUAUUGCGGCUACAGUACUGGAGACAAAAUCGACCAUGCGUCGGCUAAGAGAAAUCUCGUUGUUUGAUUGUGACGUUCGUGUUCUCAGGAAUGGAUUUUGGCGCUCGGUUUCUUCCCAAGAUUUGGUACCUGGAGAUGUAUUUGAAUUCUCUGAUCCAUCCUUGAACCAGGUGCCAUGUGACUGUAUCUUGCUGUCGGGUGAUUGUAUCGUGAAUGAAAGCAUGCUCACUGGCGAGUCUGUCCCCGUGUCCAAAGUACCGUUCAUAGAUGACGCUCUCCACUACCUCGACCUCAGCGCCCCUUCCAUCCACCCUGAUGUUGCUAAACACUUUUUGUUCAGCGGCACAAAAGUCAUUCGGGCUAGGCGACCCCAAAAUGUGGACGAGGAUGAAGCUGUUGCGCUGGCCAUAGUAGUCAGGACCGGGUUUUUGACCACCAAAGGUGCACUGGUUCGUUCAAUGCUUUUCCCGAAGCCAUCUGGCUUCAAAUUCUAUCGUGAUUCCUUCAGGUAUAUUGCAGUCAUGGGAGUUGUUGCGCUUCUAGGCUUUAUCGCCUCGUUUGUCAAUUUCGUUCGGCUGGGACUUGCAUGGCAUCUCAUUAUCGUUCGAGCACUUGAUCUGAUCACGAUCGUCGUCCCACCGGCUCUGCCAGCAACUCUCACCAUCGGUACCAAUUUUGCAUUGUCUCGUCUCAAGAAGCAGAGCAUCUUCUGCAUCAGCCCACAGAAAGUGAAUGUGGGUGGUAAAUUAGACGUUGUCUGUUUUGAUAAGACUGGGACUCUCACAGAGGAUGGCCUAGAUGUUCUCGGUGCACGCACGGUUAGCAGCUGCCAGAGAUUCUCCGAAUUGUUGUCCGAAAAAUCAUCGGGUCUUCUUCUCCCUCCGUCUUCCGCAGACUCCCCGUUUGAUCUUGUGAAACAACGAAAGAUUAUCUACACCAUGGCGACAUGUCAUUCUCUCCGAGUCGUGGAUGGUGAACUGCUAGGAGAUCCCCUUGACGUCAAGAUGUUCGAAUUCACCGGCUGGUCCUACGAAGAAGGAGGCAACCAUCCUUCUGAGCAGGCAAGUCCCAAAUUCGACACGAUCAACCCAUCUGUUGCAAAGCCACCUGUAACCCAUGUUGGAGAAAGUCAGCAAAAUGGUCCCAAUACUCCCGUUGAACUUGGAGUCCUCCGUAACUUUGAAUUUGUUUCACAACUUCGCCGCGCGAGUGUGGUUGUACGGCAGUAUAGUGACAAGGGAGUGAGCUGCUUUGUCAAGGGCGCCCCCGAGAGCAUCAAGGACAUUUGCGUGCCUGGAACUCUUCCGUCUGAUUACGAUGAAUUUCUGAACUACUACACCCAUAAAGGUUACCGAGUGAUUGCAUGUGCUACCAAAUACGAGCCAAAGUUGAGCUGGAUGAAGGUUCAAAAGUUGACGCGCGCCGAUGUUGAAAGCGAUCUUGAGUUCUUGGGCUUCAUCAUCUUUGAGAACAAACUGAAGCCUACAACCGCAAGCGUUAUUUCAGAGAUCAACCAGGCCGGAAUCCGCAAUGUCAUGUGCACGGGUGACAAUAUCUUGACUGCAAUCAGUGUGGCUCGCGAGUGCAAGAUGAUAAGCUCCGACGAGGCAUGCUUCAUUCCCCAUAUGGUGGAAGCUCCUGGCCUCGUUGCCAAAACCUUUCUUAUCUGGGAAUGUGUGGAUAACCCAGAUCUUAGAUUGGAUCCAAGAACGCUUCUUCCUCUCGAGACAGAUACGGAAUCCGACCCAUCUAUCCCAGGGAAUGCUCUACGUGAGCGGAAGUAUUGCGUCGCUGUGACGGGUGACGUAUUCCGUUGGAUGAUUGAUUAUGGAAACGAGGAUGUUUUGAACAAGGUCUUGGUCAUUGGGAGGGUAUUUGCCCGAAUGUCGCCGGAUGAAAAGCAUGAAUUAGUCGAAAAACUUCAAUCGAUUGACUAUUGCUGCGGCUUUUGCGGCGACGGUGCCAAUGACUGUGGCGCAUUGAAAGCUGCGGAUGUUGGAAUCUCAUUAUCUGAUGCUGAAGCAUCCGUUGCUGCACCCUUUACCAGUCGGCUUUUUGAGAUAUCCUGCGUGCCAAAACUGAUCCGAGAGGGUCGAGCUGCCCUGACGACAAGUUUCUGCUGUUUCAAAUUUAUGAGUCUCUACUCUGCCAUUCAAUUCUCCUCGGUCAGCUUUUUGUACACGUCUGGGUCCAACCUCGGUGAUUUCCAGUUCCUGUUUAUUGACCUAGCCCUCAUCAUGCCGAUCGCCAUAUUCAUGGGCUGGACCGGUCCUAAUUCCAAGCUUUCUCGGAAGCGACCUACUGCAGAUCUUGUGUCUCGAAAGGUCUUGACGCCUCUGCUAGGACAAAUUACGAUCGUGGUUCUGUCCCAGCUCGCAAUCUUUCAAACCGUCCAGUCUCAACCUUGGUUCCAACCUCCCCAGAUAGACCUGGAAAAGAGCAACAUUGUGAAUUCAGAGAACACGGCCCUAUUCCUAUUCUCCUGCUUCCAGUACACUUUGACUAGCAUCGUGCUGAGCGUGGGGCGGCCUUUUCGGCAACCGAUGACUUCCAAUGUGCCGUUCCUUUGUACCAUUAUUAUCGAUCUGUUGAUUGCAGGUUUUAUGCUCUUCCGACCUUCCGAGUGGGUGGCGGAUGUUAUGCAGCUCACUUGGAUGUCAGAUGGCUACCGCAUCUGGAUCUUGUUGUUCGCAUUCGCAGCAUUUGCGCUGUCCUGGACAGCUGAGGUUGUUGCCUUUCCACGCCUCGCGCGCUUUUUGGGACAUGCUCGGGCUCGUCUUCAACCGAACUUCCAUAAGAAGCGCCGCCAGUACAAGGUGCUCCUGGAGGAAAUGCGUCUGUAA